UCCGAGGUCCCUUUCCCUUAUUCUGUGUCUGGAAGUGAGCGGCGCUAUGGCUGAUGAGAAGAAAGCACAGCAAGCCUCCAAGAAGGGCGCGAAGAAAAUCAUAAAGAAGGCGCCAGCGAAGGGAGGCAAGAAGAGGAGGCGGACCAGGAAAGAAAGUUAUGCCAUCUACAUCUACAAAGUGAUGAAGCAGGUUCACCCCGACACCGGCAUCUCCUCCAAGGCCAUGAGCAUCAUGAACUCGUUCGUCAACGAUAUUUUCGAGCGCAUCGCGGGGGAGUCUUCCCGCCUGGCCCAUUACAACAAGCGCAGCACCAUCAGCUCCCGGGAGAUCCAGACCGCCGUGCGGCUGCUGCUGCCCGGAGAGCUGGCCAAGCACGCCGUGUCGGAGGGCACAAAGGCGGUGACCAAGUACACCAGCUCCAAGUGAGGGACCGCAUUGUACUGAAACACACACAUCCACAACCCAAAGGCUCUUAUAAGAGCCACCUACAACUUCCCUGAGACAGCUGAACCAUUUCUUUAAGCGUUCUUUAAUUUAGUUUCCGUGUGAUUUUUUGAUAAGGCGUUUCAACUUCGAGUGCUAUAUGUUUUUGUAUUAGUAAGUACUUUGCAAAUUAUUCGCGAGUGGGAUGGAGAGUGCAGAUCAAGCGCCAGUGAGUCAUUUUUCAUCUUGCUAGUUCACCCCUGGCAGACAAAUGCCCACGUCUUUCCGUCUCACGAUUGAUGCAUUUUUUCUUCUGAUUUACUUUACAUUUCCAGUGCACGGGUUUGACCCGAUUUUUAGCAAUGCAAAAUAAAUCUUCCUGCUGUCGGUGAGAGACUUUCAAACAGAACAGAGAGAACUCCAACACAGCUUCCGGGCUGAAGCGUGGAGCUUUUGCUGAAUC